CAUUAUUUGUAAAAAUUCUGAAUUUUUUUUUUUAAAUGAUUAAAUGGUCAAAUCCCUAAUUCAUUUUCACGUCAUUGUUCAAAUUCCCCAGAGUUUCCAUGACAUACUCAUCUUCGUUUUUCCUGUUUUUCUCUAAUCUCUGUUUCUCCAACAUCUCCGUCUUCAAGGAAUUGUCCAUAAUCAUCAAUGUCACAAGCGAGUUACAUGUCGACCUCUAGCUGUGCGUCACGAAGAAGAGAAGUUCGUUGCUUCUGUGACCUUGACUCACCUCUCACUACUUCAUGGACGAAUGGGAAUCCUGGGAGGAGGUUUAAUUGGUGUGGGUUAUUCAAGUUGCAGGGAAGAAAGGGAUGCAAUUUCUUUAGUUGGUAUGAUGACGAAAUGUCCGUUCGUGCAAAGAAGGUUAUUUUGUCACUAAUGAAGAGAAUUGAUGAACUUAAGCAGAAGGACAAUAUAAAGUUGAAACAAGAUGAGGAUUUGAGGAAGAAGCUAAAGUUUUGGCAAGGAUUGUUUGCUGCAUCUGUUGUGGUCAUAAUAUGAUUGAUCUGUUUUGUCAGCUUGAAGAAUUGAAGGAUGUGAUACUUAGUUGUUAUGUUUAGAAUUGAAGGAGGUUAUUUUGUCUGCUUUGUUAUGUUUUAUGUAAGGGUGUGAUGUUUAGCUGUUAUGUUUGGAAUUGAAUGAGGUUACUUUGUCUGUUGUUAGGAAUUGUGUGGAGAUAUUUUAUA